UAAUCUAAUUUUGUGAAGAUAUUCUAGACUAUUAUUGUGUAGUGUAUGAAUUAAAAUUCGUAGGGCUUAUUCUCACUUCAUCACUUCCGCCGCUGCCAGCGGACGAUUCAUACAACCGAGAAAAAAAGAAUUUACCGGGCAAUUAGCUAUAAUGGUGAUUACGAAAUCAAAGAGAACUGCUUACAUUGCACAGAAGAAGGGGAAAGGUAUAAUAAUCAGGGAGAGAAACGAUGAUGCUGAAGAAACUAGAAGGAAAGAAGCACGAACAAAGCAUAGGAAUGAUGAAUUCAUGAAGGAUAUGAAACGUGCUAUGAUGGAGAGUAUGUUAGAAGGGGUCUUGAAUAAGAGGAAGAAAAUGGAUGUUGUGGACAAUGCUGAGCAGGAGACGUUGGAAGAUUCGUCAGACGGGAGUGGGUCUUCAGUGGAAGUCGUCAAAAAGACAAGGCACGAGAAAUGCAAGGAGGGGAUGGUGAACUACAAAGAAUGGGUUGUGAGACCGUAUGAGGAUUAUCCGACAAUGUUCACGCUUUAA